AUGAAUAGAUUUAUUUUAGUUCCAACGAGGAACUUCUCUAGAACCAAUUGUAUAUCCAAGUCAGCCUACUCAUUGGUGGAACCUGUCCAUCAUCUUGUGAAGAUUGACAAGAAUAGACUAUCCCCAAGAUUUCCUGAAUUAAACUACGAUAAAAGGGAUAUAAGAUCUCCGUCCUUUAAACCUUUACAUGUAUGUCAAGAUCGAGUCCAAGAACAUUAUUUUAACUCUAUACAACCUGAUCUUUUACUUAUGAAUUAUAAUCAUAAUCCAGAGAUUAAGAAAGGUUUGAAAAUGCGAGAAUGGGACGGUUCAUCUCCAUAUCAUAUAAAUAGACCUUUAAGAAAGCCAAAGGGAUCAGAAGCACAAUAUCCUGAUAUUCACCCCAUUAAAUGGGAUAAUAUACCUCAAAUUGAAAGUGUUGUAUUGAAUUGUUACGUGAAGGAAGCAAGAGAUAACCAACUAUUGGCUAUUAGUGCAGCUUUACAAAUCCAACAAAUUACAGGUUGCAAACCACAGGUAAUCUAUUCGAGAUCAGAUGUACCAACAUGGAAGAUAAGAAAGGGACAUCAAAUGGGUGCCAAACUUGAAUUAAAGGGAUACCCAAUGUCACAAUUCUUAACGACUUUGAGUGAAAUAGUUUUACCAAGAAUUAGAGAAUAUAGGGGAAUCAGUGGCAAGUCAGGAAACAGAUUUGGUGGUCUAUCCUUUGGUCUGAAUGAGGAAGAUGUUAAAUUUUUUCCCGAAAUUGAUGCAAACCAGGAUUUAUGGCCCAAGACAUUUGGUAUGCACAUUAAUAUUAAUACAACCGCACAAACAAACGAACAAGCGAGGAUGCUUGUAAGUGCAUUUCAGCUUCCUGUUCAAAAGUCACAAAAGGCUAGUAUAGAAAAUUAA